AUGGUUGACUCAGACACCAAGCUACGCUUGAAGACCUCCUGUGCCACUGCACAUGGUUAUUACGACCAAAUUGUUGCCGUCUCGCAAAAGAUUAUCAAUGAAUCCUUUGAUAAGCUCUAUGACGUCUAUCCCGAGUAUGGCGUAGUUGACUUCUCUAGCAAGAAGAUUGGAAAGAUAAAGGGGAACCUUCUGUCUCCCCGUCUCCUGCUUGGUGGCGGGCUAGGCUCUGAUAUCUCCCUGACAUCUGCCCUUUAUGUCAUGCGCUUCAAGGAUGGAGAGAUCUCUAUCCCGGCGGAUGAUGAUGACGAUCCGGAUCAGGUCGAGGAUCUCACGGGCUGGAACCUGGCCGUAACGAUCGACUUGAAGGAGCAAAGCGUCUAUGUAGAUCCCGAUGCAGAUCCUGACACGCAGGCAGACCAACAGGCUUUGUGGGACUUCAUUCACAACAAGUUUGACGUGCCUGGAGACUACAGCAUUGCCAGGCUUUACGCAAAGCUCGCGGAUGCUCACUGGAGCAACUUUGACUAUGACAACUCGCAGUUUGGCUAUAACCCAGACGGCAGUCCCAGAUCUUGGGCUCAGCUGAAGAAGCAGUUUGAGGGCAUCGACAUCAGUCUGCCGUUCAUGCUCAGGAAAUGGGCCGAGACUCAGGAGAAGAAGGGCUUGACCACCACCGGUGUCCAGUUCAACCUGCCGCCUCCAGACGAAAUCGACCCCAACAAGCCGACCUUCCAGCCAACCGCAUUGGUACACCAGGUCUAUGGUUACCAGAACCCGGAAAAGGGCGUGCCCAAACCUGUCAUCUCCUACGACCCCCCGGGCGACCUCAACUCAUUCUUGUACUGCGAGAUGGUUUCCAACCACGAGCUGCCCACCGACAAGCAGCUCGCGGGCAGCGGGAAUUUCACCGCGCAGGCCACCGAGAUUGGGGGGCCACGAAUCGAUGGCACGUACGCUCUAAGCCACCAGCUUUUCCUGGAAACCUUCCUGCUGCCCAUGCUCCAGGCCUUCAAUAAGUCGUCCAUCAUCUUCCCUACGACACCCGGUUUCACGACCGAAGGCGGCAACAGCAAGAUCUACUGGAACUACGCCAUCGGCAACGACGGCAAGCACCAGGACUUCAAGGACGAAUACUACAAGUUUCAGCCCGUCUACGAACUGGCGACCCCUGCUGACCCGACUUGCUACCGGUUCAAGGCGGAUUAUAGCACCCAGCUCGUCCCCACCGGCCAUAAUACCACCAGCGGUACGUACGGGAGUUUCGACUCUACCGCCACGACGCAAGUCGACUUCAAGUGGAACCCUGGCGAUGCGGGCUUUAGCUUAGCCGGAACAACCGUGUACAAGUAUGAUGUGGAGUGGUCUGAGAACUGGGAUAUGAGGCGACCCUUUGGCUGGCUGAGGGAGACAUUCCAAUCCACUUGGAGUAUGAAGAUCAACAUCGACAGCGUCAAAGACGGCAUUCUGCAGCUGGGCGUCGACGCCGGCGCCUCUGAGGACUGCAACUCUACUGUCCGUCAAACUCAGGCCGAGCAGCAGCAGAGCUGGUCUCCUCCCGGCCAGGCAGAUAGAAUCAGGUCGAGUAUCGUCGAGCAGAUUGGAAGCCAUGUGAAGACGCUCAAGAGUAAUUUGUCCGAAAAAUUCCAGACGAGCGCCAAGUUUGUCUACCCGGGCAACGGCACUUUCGACUUCUCCGACCCGCAGGUUGGCAACACGGGAGAGAUUCUGGCAACUCUUGAGUACAAGCCCAUCGAUCGAAAGGCCAAGAUCUCUGUUCCUCCGCCGGCCACCGCUAAGAUGACUCCCAUGAAGUUUUUUGGCUUUAACCCUAAGCAAGUCGACGCCCCCGGUGUUGCCCCAACCUCCAAACUAAACUGGUCCUACAGCAAGCCAAUCAAGGGAGUUCAGAAGGCCGCAGAAGUGCUCAUCCAGGGCACUAACAAGGGUGAAGAUACCGUCAAACUCAAGGGUCUUAGUGUCCUCUUGGACUCUGAGCCAAAGGGACGUGCUCCGAUCACUGGUCUGGACUUCUCCGUGCAGAGGUGGAAGAUAGGCUCGCCAGACGAGACGGGCAAGGUGGACGUCUACCAGAUCGUCUCUGACAAUGACGGUACUCCGGCCUUUGAAAGCGUAAAUUUCGCAAAGGGCGAAAAGGUCGGCGAUGCGACGCCAUUGACUUUCUAUGGCACCGGAGAGGUGUCCGUUGAGCCUGGAGCUACCCUCACGCUGGCGCUCUACACCGGCACUGGCGUCCCUAAUACUUACGACGUCAUCGUCACUGAGACCUGGCCACCUGUUGAUGGGCAAGCAUCACAGUCUCUUGCGCAGACGGUAAAGAUCAUUUUGUCGCCAUGA